CUGCGCAAGCUGCUCAAAGAUCAAAGCUCUCAAGUCCAUCAGAAAGAGGACUACGCCGUCCGCUUCCUCCUGACCGAAUCACUCGACAAGCAGAACCCGGAGUUUUGGCUGUUUGAGACCUACACUUCCGCAGAAGCGACCAACAAGCAUACCGAUGAGUCGCACUUCAAAACCAUGACAGCUGCCUUUCAGAAGGAAGGUAUUUUGGCCAAGCCUCCGCUCGUGGCGAAGACUUCGACAGUAGCUGGGUUCGAUCUCGAUCGGAAGCUCUUGUAG